AUGGAUGAAGAAGAUCUUCUGGAUCUGGGCUGUCAGGUUCUGCCAUGGAUCAGCAACCAGGCCAUUGUCAUAGGACAGCAGACUCGGAAUAACGCCUAUGGUAGACUAGGAUGCGAGUUGUUCCUGCUAUCCCAGCAGAUAGCAUCAAUCAGUGAAACAGCAGCUCCGCGGCAAAGGCUAUUGAAAAUAUUUGAGAUCGUCAACAAAGCAUGUUCAAGGUCGUUGACCGAGGCAGAGCGAUACCGACCUUUGAAGAGAAUUCGAGCUCAUAAGGACUCCACGACCAGAGUAAGAGAGAACUUGAUUAAAGAGACACAAGCGAACCUGGUGAAUUUUGUCUUUCAAAGCCCGGAAUACCACACCCUUCUACGCCUUAUCAAGGAUUGCUCAACGGUGGACGAAACCGAUCUGUUGUCCAUGGAGGAGAGAUACGAAGAUGACGGUGAUAUUGGUUAUCCGGGAUACUUAAAUGAAACACUCCACACGCAAUUACAGACAUAUGUUACAUGUCACUGCCUUACGGGUCACCUGGAGUGGACGCGGGUGCGACUAAGUACCGACAGACAAAACGGAGAUGAAGAUGUUUCAUUUGAAGUCAUCUUUAAAGCCAACAAUCCUCCUCAGGAACAUCCCCAACCAUUUGUGCAGUGGAAGGAGUCAGUUGUGAAAGUACCAAGGUGA